CCACGUGUCUCCCAGUAGAGUGGGACUUGGAGCGCCCACCUCCUCACCCUAACGCAAAACCACCCCUCCUCAAAGUCUCCUUCACUUCUUAACCCAUUGGGUUGUGUGAAUCGAGGGUACUUUUCCCCACAUCGACCACCUACACCCAGCAAGUCCGAGACCCAAGGCGGGCCAACUUGGCGGAGAAACUUUGCCUUCGGAGAGGCGCUCCGCAAAGAAAAAAGGAGCACUGCGCAUGCGGAGCACCAAAUUCAAACAGCUGUUUCCAGAGGCUGCGAGGGAGGGCGGUGGGGAGUCCGGGGGGUUGGAAGGCCGCUGGCCCCUGGCACCACCCGCCCUUAACCUGGCGCGGGCCGGAAGCGGCCGGCCCCCUCCAGAGCCAUGGUGGACCGGGGACCUCUGCUGACAUCGGCCAUCAUCUUCUACCUGUCCAUUGGGGCGGCAAUCUUCGAGGUGCUGGAGGAGCCGCACUGGAGGACCGCCAAGGAUAACUACACGAGGCAGAAGAUCCAGCUGCUCAAGGAGUUCCCGUGCCUGGGGCAGGAGGGCCUGGACAAGAUCCUACAGGUUGUAUCUGAUGCUGCUGGGCAGGGUGUGGCUAUCACAGGGAACCAGACCUUCAAUAACUGGAACUGGCCAAAUGCUGUCAUCUUUGCUGCCACAGUCAUCACCACCAUUGGUUACGGAAAUGUAGCCCCCAAGACACCUGCUGGGCGCCUCUUCUGCAUUUUCUAUGGCCUCUUCGGGGUUCCCCUCUGCUUGACCUGGAUCAGUGCCCUUGGGAAGUUCUUCGGGGGACGAGCUAAAAGACUGGGGCAGUUCCUCACCAAGAGGGGUGUGAGCCUGAGGAAGGCUCAGAUAACUUGCACAGCCAUCUUCAUCAUUUGGGGGGUGCUAGUGCACCUAGUGAUCCCUCCCUUUGUGUUCAUGGUGACUGAGGAAUGGAACUACAUUGAAGGCCUUUACUAUUCCUUCAUUACCAUCUCCACCAUUGGCUUUGGAGACUUUGUGGCUGGGGUCAAUCCUGAUGCCAACUACCAUGCCCUCUAUCGGUACUUUGUGGAGCUGUGGAUUUACCUAGGGCUAGCCUGGCUAUCCCUGUUUGUGAACUGGAAGGUGAGCAUGUUUGUGGAGGUCCACAAAGCCAUCAAGAAACGUCGGCGGAGAAGGAAGGAGUCCUUCGAAAGCUCCCCCCACUCCAAGAAGAGCCUGCAGAUGGCAGCCAGUGGGGGUGCCAAGGACAUCAAUAUUUUCAGCUUCUUAUCCAAGAAGGAGGAGACCUACAAUGACCUUAUUAAGCAGAUUGGAAAGAAGGGCCUGAAGACGAGUGGGGGAGGUGGCGACAGAGCGGUGGGACCCGAGGGCGGCAGGGCUGCCCUCCCACCUGCCCCCGUGGGCCCAUUGGCCAUCUACACCAAAACCCGCGUGCCCAGCUACGAGGAGGUGUCCCAGACGCUGAGGCUGAAAGGCCACGUGUCCAGGGCUCCGAGCGGGGAAGCUGGGGAGGGACCCCCGGGGGACGGCACCAACACCACCUCCACGGUGUUUGUCAACCAGCUGGACCGCAUCAGCGAGGAGGAGAGCGAAGCGUGGGAUGCCCGCGACUGCCGCCCGCUCAUCUUCGAGAAUGCCAACAUCACCUUCGUGAACGAGGAAGGGGGCCUCUCUGAUGAGGACACGUCCAAGUCCUCUCUGGAUGACAACUUAGCGGGGGAGGAAGGGGAAGAACAAGGAGAAGGGGAGGAGGCGGAGGCAGAAAUGCCCCUGAACCUGGGGGAAUUCCCAUCCUCCGACGACUCCACCUUUACCAGCACAGAAUCUGAGCUCUCUGUGCCUUACGAACAGCUGAUGAACGAAUAUAAUAAAGUCAACAGCCCGAGAGGCACGUGAGACCCCCCACCCCCCUGUGCCCCUCACCCUAUCCCAGAAAUCCUACGGCCUCUUCCUUCCCCUCCCCUCCCCUCCGGGGAGAAUCCUGCGAUGGCUGAGAUUCCUGGACCUUGGAACUGGGAGAGAAAAGGGGACCUUAGUUCUCCCAACCCUCUGGCCAGAUACCACUCACCGUGCAGACCCCCCUCGCUGCCUGCCAACUUCAGAAUGGACUGGUUUUUUUCCCAUAUGCCCAGUGGUGAGAUGGCUGAAAGAUUUGCUCCUGAAGUUGGGAAGAGAUUCGGUUCCUGAAAGAUGAUUUUGGUUUUUGUACUUUUUUUUGUUUUUACUACAUUUGUAAUUUUGGUGGGGUACAGAGGAUACUGGAGCCAGACAAGGUCAUUGGAUGGUCAAACCUAUAAAAAAAAGCGUCAAGUUUUGGGGUGUCGAAAGAUCUCCCAUCCUGGGAGGAUUCAUAUAAGAGAAACUUCAGUUUAGCAAGUAUUGACUGAAAGUUUAUGUUGCCCAGCAACAGGACUGUGAGUCUGAAAAGCGGUGCUCUGGAGACCGUUUGUCCUUUUCCUCAAAAUGAUUUAGGGUCAACCUGGGGAUCCCAGGUGAACACACAGGAGACAGUUAAUGGGAUAAGGCAGUAUGCGAGC